UAGGAUCGUGAAGGAAUGGACUGCUGAGUGGAACCUUUCGUCCUAUCGCUUCUUAUAACAGGGGGAUUGAAGUCGAAGGCAGCUAAUCAAAAUGCCUGGGGAGAUGGCGGACAGUGGAAAAAAGCUUGUAACGCUCGACGACCUCAUCGAUGCACUGGAUAAGCGCGAGAGAGCGCCAAGCAAUGUCCCGAAGGUCGAUACAUUCCACUUCAAGGGAGAACGGGUGUCCGACUGGCUGGACCUGACGGAGCAAGAAUUGGUGGGGCUGUCAGAUGAGGUCAAGCUCCAGCGAGUCCUAAGAUAUGUCCUUCAUAGCCACCAUCAGGAAGUAGGCAAGGUCGUAGAUGCCGCCAAUGGUAGUUGGGCGAGGUUCAGGGACAUGAUGCAGAGAAAGUACAGGUUGGGGGAUGGUUUGCUAACCAUGGCGGAUUUGGAGGCCAUAAACAAGGACGACUUUUCCACGAUUGGGGCGUUUGUGCACGAGUUUAAAAGGAAGGCGCAGAAGGUGCAUGGGAUCUCUGAAGAAACCCAGUGUGCCAUAUUUUUGGGUCUGCUUACUGGCUCGGAGGCCUCGGAGCUGACGGGUCACGGAGGGGGAAAUGAGAAACUCACCUGGGCCACUAUCGAUAAAGCGGUGGAAGAGGGGAGCCUGGACCAGGUGGAGCAGCACCAGGUGCGGCUGCAAAGGCGCAAGAGAAAGGAAAGGGACGCCACCGCGUUCGGGACCCCAGGGGUGAAGAGGAUCGUCACGGACGUAUUGGCAGCGCUGGGUUAUGAUAAUGAGGCGAAAUUGCAAAAGAGGGGAGUGACCGUGGCCCAAGGCCGGGCGUCGGGGGCAGUGGAAGAGGAGGCUAGGCGCGAGGACUAUGGCGGAGAAGAGACGGGAUCCCAGAUCCUAACCAAGGCCAAGAGGAAGCAGCGGAAUUUACAGGCGGCUAGGACCAAGAGCCAAAAUAAGGUUAGGCCUAGUCAAGAGCCCAGUCAGGCGCCCAGUCAGGCACCCCCUCGAAAGGAAUCAGAGCCUGGACGUAGGAAGGAGGUGGUGGAGGUUCCGGAGGAAGAGGAAGAGGAUGACGAUGAAGAGGAUGUAAGGCUCCGACAAGAGGAGGAUCAGCGGGCGGAGCUGGGGGCCAAAAAGAGGGGGGGCGAGGAGGAGGCCGAGCCAAGCCUGCUCGACAACGUGCCUAAGAGAAAGAAGUACGCAGUCCGGAUGGAGGAAGGCUUUGAUGUGGAGCGGAUGGUGGACAAACUACUGGAAGGCCAUAAUGACUUGAUGAACCUAAAGGACAUCCUGGCGUCGGCGCCAAGGCUCCGUCGUGAGUUGAAGGGACUACUGUCGCGAAGGCUGGUGCCAAAUAUCCAUCUGAGUACGGUCCUGCCUAGAGAGGUGGAGUGGACUGAGGCAGGGACAAGGAUGGAUUGGAAAUAUGUGGCGUGCGGGGUGGACCCUACUGCACUAGCAUGUUCCCUGAAGAAUUAUACUCCAUCUGACCCAACCGUCGCAAGAUGGUUGACCUACAUUUGGAUGUUUAAUUUCGAACUGGAAAGGAUCUCAGGGAACAAGAACAGGGCAGAUGGGUUAAGCCGCAUCAACUGGGACGGAUCGGAUGAGGAAUCGAUAGAAGACACGCCGCCAGUUGAUGGGUUUUUGGAUCAAGAGGAGGACGUCCGCCUGCACAUAAACGAAUGGUCCCUGCGAGUGCCCAGUUGUGUCAGUCACCCCGUAUGGCUGGCACCAAAGGGGUACGAGCAGAAGGAAGAGUUAGUCCUCAAGCCCUUUCAGGAGGAGGAUCUGUGGGGAAGUAAGGAUGUUGGUUGGAUGAUGAAGUUGGUGUUGGCAGGUACGCACAGUCUGGUGGGGGAAGUGAGGGCAAUAGAGGAAGGCCCCACUCAGGUAGAGGAGCAUGAGCAGCUAAUGGGAGGGAUGUACCUGCUCACCAAUACGCUCCUGCAAGGAGACUUCGACCGGAAGGGCUCGUUCAGUCACGAGGAGAAUGAGAUUCUGGUUUCUGAAAGCCGAGACGACGAAUUCGAGGAAGGAGAAAUCAAGGAGGCGUUUCGGGCGGAGGAGUAUGAUGGGAUCUACUGGGAAUUGGGGUUGCUCCUAUCGUGUGAGAUGAGGGAUAGAGAUGCGAGUGUCAAGGCACAGAAGAUGAGGCACCUCUAUGUGGUAAGAGACGGUCACUUGUUUAUAAAGCGGCAGGUCGGGAACCCCAGGAGGAUCAUAUGUGGGAGAAACCGGCAAAUUGAUAUCAUAGCGGCCCUACACGAUGGUAUAGCAGGGGGGCACAAAGGGGUAAGUGCCACAUGCGCGAAGAUAAGCGAGCUCUAUCAUUGGGACAGGAUGAUGACGAUGGUUAUCAAAUAUUGCCGGUCAUGUAUACCUUGUCAAGAGAGGUCAGCGCAAAGGCCUAGAGAACCCCUACACCCAAGGUUAGAAAGGGAAGUGGGUGCGGUCGUACACCUGGACCUGUUAUUCAUGCCAGCAGGGGAGAAUGGGUGUAACUACAUCUUCGAUGCACGGGAUAACCUUACUGGGUUUGUGGACGGACGAGCUAUCCGAACGAAGACUGACCCGCUUUUGGCGAACUACAUCGAGCAGUAUUACCUGCGAUACCCUUUCGUCAGGGAGUUCGUGAUGGAUCGAGGAUCAGAGUUUACCUGCAAUGAGAGGGGCGGGAGGGGCGCGCGGCCACAACAUAGGCCUCAGGGAGCAUUAGGAGGGGAUGACUCACGCAGACCGGUUGGGAGAGAGUCUACGCCUAUUUUCGACGACGGUAACAUAGAACUUUUUCUGGAUUCCUACGAGGCACAUGCGACACGGGAGGGCUGGUCUACCUUGGAAAGGAUACGGCACCUGAGGGGAGUUGGGCGCUUCGAGAAGCCUAUUGCGCACAUUCGAGAGGAGGCGUUGGCAUGGCAAGAUGUGGAGGCGAGGAUGCAGAUGUUGAGGGUUUCGCCAAUGGGACCAGAUGGAUUGCCUAUCCGAUUGGAGGAAGGCAAUGCAGAGGAGUUCAUCCCGGCCUAUGAGCAGUAUAUGUGUGACCAGGGGACUGGGCAGGAGGAGUGGAUGCAGAUGCUGCCCCUCUGGACACGGAGGGCGGAGAGGUCAUUGGCAAGGCAGAUCCGGGACAGGGCACACGACUGGGAGGACUGCCAGGCCCAGUUGAGACAGGCAUUUCGACGACUGGAGCCCGAGAGACCAGAGACCAGGGUGGAGAGACGACAAAGGAAGCGGGGAGAGGCGGUGCCGUUGCGGACGCCGCUCGACAGAUUGGAGGCUCAUCUCGAUGCGUCCCAGUGGGGGGCGUCACAGCUAGGAGCGGACCAGAGCGGACCGGCACGGUAUGAGCCAGUAGAGGAUGAGCCAGAGGAGGAGCCACCUGAGCCGGGGCCGGAGGCGGGGUCUCGCGAAGCCAAGGAGCUGCAGACUGAGGGGGUUAUCACUGUUGGGGAUGAUACCCUUCCUCAUACCCCGAUUCUUGAACAGGCGCGGCAGUAUUGGCCUGAAGGAAUUCCUGAGCCGGACAGCGAGGAGAUGUUGGGGCCCCCACCGGAAGCUACUACGCCACCCCCGACGCAGGCGGAGCCAGAGGGGGGCGAGAGGGCGAGGACACCUACUACUGUGGCGCCGCAACUAACUGAGUCUACAGGUGCACGCAUGGAUGUGGAGGUGCCGACAUCCGGGGAGCCUCCGCCAGGGCCGCCACCCGCAGAGGAGAGGACAAGUGAGGAAGAUCCAUUGCGAGAGGGUCACGAGGCGAGGACAGGGAGGCCACCGGGGGAGACGAAAGAAGAGAAGCGCGCGAGGGUGCAGGUACGCCUCGAAGAGCUAUACCAGGAAAAGCUUAGGAUGGAGGCCGCGGGAGAAGCGCCAAAGCCGCCAAUUGACCCUCCGACGAGCGAGCAGAAGAUUAGUGCGGCUUGGGCCAGCUAUGAGAGCGAGAGGGAUGCGCCUCGACUGAGGUCGCGAGAGGUAGGACAGGGGAGUGCAAGGUUGGACGAGGCACGAGAGACAGAGGACAUGGGAUUUUCAGCCGCCGGGAUGGAGAUGGAGCGUACAGACAGGAGGAUAGGUGAGGUGGCAAUCUCGUCCUUCCAGCGGUACUCCAUGCUCAGCGAUGAGUUGGCGGCCUCGAGGUUAGAAGUUGGACAGUUGUCCUCCCAGUUGGCGGAAGAGAGGGUAGAGAACCAGGCGUGGAGGACCCGCAUGGAAGCCAAGGAGGCGGAGUGGGAGAAGAGGCUUCAGGACAUGGCGGCGAUAGUAGAAAGGCUCUCGACCACUAAGGUGGUCGACUGGACGGAGCAGAGUCGGUAUGGUAUCCAGGGGAAGAAGGUACAGGGGCUCUUUGGCCAGGAAGGAACGACGGAGAUGCCACAGCAAGAGGGAAUGGGGAAGGUGUUCCUGGACCCGGCAGAGGUGGCAGCAAGGCGGGAGGCCGAGGAGAGGAGGUUCAGCUUCAGGACUCCCACGGAGUUGGCCUCGCGACGGGCCACCCCUAUGACGGUUGAGGGUCCUGAGGACGAGCCGGCGCAGAGACCCCAACCUCCAGUGGCAGAGGGGGGCCCCACAGAGGAGUUCCCUACGAUCCUUUUGGAGGUGCAGGAGGGUGCCCUUACGGGAGGAGCAGCAUCCACUGAGACGGAGGUAAUGGGGGGAGAGGCGUCUCGACUGGACGAGUUGGUGGCAGCUAUGGAGUUGGACAUGCCGUCAGGAGGGCCUCAGAGGCAGGAGACCCCGGAGCCCGUGCCAGAGAUAGGGGAGCUGAGGACGCAGUUAGGCUAUUGGGCUACUGGAGCUGACUCAGGAGAGCACAUCUCAGAGCAGCAGCAGGAAGUUAUGAGCGAGCCAGCGACUACCGUGACUCCCCAGCCUUCUGACCUACAUAGGGACGAGGAGGCGACUGCGAUGGGAGGAGUCCGCAAGGGUAGGCCACUGAGAUUGGACACUCCAGCGUACCGACCCGAGGGAGGUGAGACGCUAGCAGGGCCGAGUACCCAGAUGAUGGAGGCGGGGCCGGUAGAGUCAUGGAGUAUGCCCCAGAGCCACGAGAUGAGCAAGGAAACCAGCGAGACGUCGCCGUUGCCUGGGUCCCAGAAGAAGAAGAGGAGGUGUCGAGGGAGAUCAGACGAUCAGUGCUUCUUCUGCAAGGACGGUGUACAUAGAGCUCUUGAAUGCCCGAAGUUCCUUAAGGACAAGGCGGCUGGGAGAGUAACAGAGAGUAGUGGGAGAAUGUACGACAGGCAGGGGCGAGUGGUAGAGCGGGCUCCAGAUGGGGGUAGGGCACAGUUAUAUAGACAGAACCAGGAGGCUAUGAGUGAGUAGGGACUGGUCCGUCUAUAUGACAGUAGGAUUAGAGCUCCUCUGUACKCAGAGGCYGUGAUAGGAGUG